UCCGUAUUUAAUCCAUUAACCUUUUCUAUUCAACCCACUUUUUACCUUGUAUACAUCAAGAAAUUUUAUAAUAUAUUCAUACCUUAUUUCAUCCAUCAAAAUUCGAGUUAAUUUUCGAUGAAUCAUCGGCAGAUCGGCAAAUGUUUGGCUAAUACGUCACGUGAUCCUUGGCCGAUCCCCUUUUUCCCGAUUGUCAACCCAACAAGGAACGAAUAUUCUUUCUCCACAGUUCACUCCAUGACCUAUCCUGGACAAUACGGUACUCAUCCUUACGGGCAAUCGCCAGCACCUUCCGGCUAUCCAGCACCACCAGCGCCUUACGGAGGUGGGUAUCCUCCACCACCAUCAGCACAAGGUGGCUAUCCACCACCGCCACCGCAAGGCGGUUAUCCGCCGCCUUCAGCCCAUGGCGGCUAUCCACCUCCACCAUCACAGGGCGGUUAUCCACCUCCACCUCCACAAGGUGGCUAUCCACCUCCGCAUUCACCCGCCAAUUAUCCACCUGUACCACCUAGGCAAGGUUCUUAUGCACCUCCGAACGCCGCAGCAAAGUACGCUCCACCUCCGCCACCGACAUCUUCACCUGGUUAUCGCCCAUACUCCGGCAACGAACACAUCCGGCCACCAAGCUAUACAGGGCCGGAUCCUGUAUUCAGGCCGUCGGAUCCUUCUGUAUCUCAAGCCAAUUAUCCGCAACCACCGCAUUCUUCACACAACCCAGCGUCUACUCCUGGUAAGAAGACAGUUGAAAAAGUCAGAUCAUGAUAUAAUGUAUUAACCUGAGUAUAGUUCCGUAUGGUCAGCCAUCGCCCGGUGCUGCCAAUCAGUUCGUGAUGCAUGUCAAUCCGGCUAUGCAAGGACGUCCGCCACCCAAUUUCCAGCUUUCAAAUUGUCAAGGAAGAAAACGAGCGUUGCUGAUUGGUAUCAAUUACUUCAACUCACCCAAUGAGCUGA